CAUGCUGUUGCAUCAUAUUAUUGUUAGAACGGCUGUGGGCAGAUAUCUGCUAAAAGAAAUCGUUUCAUUUCAAGAUGUAUUCAGGCUUUGUCAUGUAGCAAGUUAUAUUUAUCUUGUUUAAUUGGAGCAUAGAACAUAGCAUUAACAUUUGUAAAGUAGUAACAGCCAUAAUUCAUGUGGGUCAGGUUAGUUUGCGAUGAAGUUGGAAAACAAAAACGGAAGUCAGUGGGCUAGGCUGAGUUUGCGUGAAUGGGCGGGGCUGACCCUGGUGCAGCUCCACCUUAUGGUGCAGCUCCGCCUUUGUGGUUCUGCAGCGAGCUCGAAUUUGUUAUCCAUAUGUGUUCAUUAGCAUUUGGCGCCAUCGUGCGGCCGAGUGACGGUACUACACACACCUUCCAAUUCGAGGUUUAAGCGCUCGAAGCCCCCAACGCGCAUGCGCAGGUGGAAACGUAAGUUUUUAUCAACAAUUCCUUUUUACGAAAGUCGAGAUUAAAACAGUACCUGUCCAGUUUGCCUUAGAGUUUUUCUGAUAUGUAAUUUAUUAUUAUUUUCAUUUUAUUAAUGUCAAAAUCCAGUUUCCUGCAAGGGGCUGCUGACUGCUCUCCUAGCAACCGGGAAACAAAAAGCUUUUUUCUGUUUUUAGAUCCAGCUUUGGAUGGGAAGUAACUAAAGCUAGCAAGGCAUUUCUGCGGAUACCAUGACGGUUCAACAAAGAAAGACAGAAAAUUUUAUAGAAGUGGGGCAUGCAAAGAGUAUUCAGAUGUCACCUGGGAAUCCUGAAACCUGUGCUGUGGAGAAUUUAGCAAACACACUGCAGUCCAGAAUAGCUGAACAGUCAAGUUUGAUCUGCAUGCUGAAGGACCGAGCAGAUAAAACGCUUCUACAAUAUCAAGCCCAGCUGAAGAUCAACGCAAACCUCGAAAAACACGCAGCCAACUACCAAGAAAAACUAGACAGAGAGCAAAAGAAAAGAUCAUCAGAUUUGGUUUCCAGCAAUAAAGCAAUGAUUUCUUUAAUAGAGGAGCACAAAAACCAGAAUGUCCAAUUAAAGGUGGAAUAUGAACGGCUGCAGUUAGAAACUGAUUCUCAGUUUUCUCAAAAACUGCAGGAGAAAGAAUCAUUAGUUCAAAAACGUACAGAAGACAUCGAGCUGCUGAAAGAGAAACUUACAAAGAGCGAAAACGAAUACAGGGGGAAAUUAGCUGAAUCUGAGUCUAAACUCAAAGAAAAAGUUGCUCAGCAUCAAGCCAAGGAAGCAUCACUACUCAUCAAGUUCAGCGAAGCUCAACAACAACAAAGAGAAGCUGUGGAAACUUGUGAAGAUUUGAAGCUGAAACUUGAAAAGACUAAAGAGCAACGUGCCUUGGAGGAAAUCGGCAUGAGAGAAAGAAUAAAAAACCUCAUAGAAGAAAAUGAGAGAUAAUUGAAGAUUUCAACGGAGAGGGGAGAAUUGCUACAGGACAAACAUGAGGAGAUCCACGAGCUGGAGACAAAGUGGGAACAGGAGAAGGAUGCUCGCAGCAAAGCCAAGGACAGGUUUGAGCUGGAGGCCGAAGCAGUAAUUGCAGAUGUGAGAGUGAAAUCUCUCCAGGCUGCUCUCAACGAAUCCCUUAGUCAGAUUAAAAACAUAACAGCGGAGUUCGGUGCUUUCAGAGAACAUAGUGCUUAUCUCAUUAAACGAGAGAAGGACUUAAAUAAAAUAUACUUCAAAAUGAAAAAGUAAACUUAAGUGUUAUAAAUGCUUUUCUUUCUAUUAUUAAACUCUCAUAAACAUCAAUAAAAUCUGAAAAAGGCUUUGUUUGUUAAUGUUUUUAUUUUAUCUUUAAUUUUCUGCGGAAAUGGAACCGCAACACACAAAUAUGGUGUGACAUACUGCACAAAUGACCUUCAGCUUCUCAUGUGCACACUCUUCUGCUGGGUUCUAAUCCUUUAGAGCAGGGGCGUCAAACAUGCGGCCCGUGGGCCGGAUCCGGCCUGCAAGCGGGUUAAAUCCGGCCCACGGGAUGGUUGUGUAAACUUUAUUUUCAUACUUUACAAUGUAGAGUGAAAAUAAACAUAUCUUUGUGAGCAAGUUUUCUGUGUAACGAGUAUAAAUAAAACAAAGCUGCGCUAAAGGCUCACACAAGAACUUGAAUCCGAUCCUGAAGUUGGCCGCCACUCAGGAUGUGACUUCUGAUACUGAUGUGCUGGUGAAAGCUAAAAGAUGUUAAGUAAAAUGAGUCAAAUAUACUUUACGUGCUGCACGAAACUGAUCUUGCCAUGUGAUCUGUAAGCUCUUUGAAUCACUAAGGAUUUUUUUUAUUAUGUAUUGAUUUUUUAUUUUUUUCAAAUUUUCAAGUACACUUCAGGUGUUGUACUUGUACUACACUGUCCUCAGGCUCCAGCUUUGUUUCAUAUUGAGUGUAUUAAAACAAAGAACACAAUCUGAAGUUUUUUUGUUUUUUUUUACCGGUCCGGCCCACUUGGGACUAGAUUUC